AUGUGGCGGUGCUCCGAUCCCUUGAUGGCGGUUGCUACGGUGGCCAUAGCGUUCACCGUCGUCCUCAAUCCGAGGUCGUUCGUCACAGCAACUCAUUCAGAGAAUCCCGAUCGAAUCACGUCGUUACCGAACCAGCCUACGACGGUGAAUUUCCAUCAGUAUAGCGGCUACGUUACCGUAAACGAGAAGGAAGGGAGAGCUCUUUUUUAUUACUUUGUUGAAGCAGAGACUAAGGCUGCUCACAAGCCACUUGUUCUUUGGUUCAAUGGAGAUACAUUGGCGGGAUGUUCAUCACUUGGAGGUGGAGCUUUGAUAGAGCAUGGGCCAUUUAAAGUUAAUGGUGAAUCCUUAAUUAAAAAUCAUUAUAGUUGGAAUACAGAAGCAAAUAUGUUAUACGUAGAGUCGCCGGCGGGAGUUGGGUUCUCCUCCUACUCUAACAAUACGGUUUUCUACUCCAACAUAACCGACGUCGUUUCAGCGGAAGAUAAUCUCGUGUUUCUACAACGGUGGUUCGAGAAGUUUCCUCAGUACAAGAGAAGAGAUUUGUAUAUUGCUGGAGAGGCUUACGCUGGAGGACACUAUGUGCCAUUACUUGCACAGCGAAUUCAUAAUUCAAAUUUAAAGAUCAAACUCAAGGGGAUAGCAAUCGGAAAUCCUCUUCUGGACAUCCGAGUAGACGCGAAUGCCCUAGACCAGUACUGGUGGUCUCACGGCCUCAUCUCCGACGCUGCCUUCCACCUUCUCAAUUCCGUCUGCAAUGCAUCUCGUCUCGUCACCGAAGGAAUCACCAGUUCCCUCUCUCCCCAUUGCAUCUUCGUCGCCACUAACGUUUCCAAAGAGCUCUCUCCUGCUAUCGACUACUUCGAUGUUGCCGCCGGCGACGCUUGUCCCUCCGUCAACGCCUCCGAGUUCGCCGAUCUCGAUCGCAACGAUCCUCUGCGGUUCACUCUGUUCCGCGACUUCUUACAUGUUCAGAGUACACGGGAAGAUCGAGAUCCGUGUGUGGGAGAAUUUGUAGCGAAGUAUUUGAAUCGAAAGGAUGUGCAGAAAGCUCUUCAUGCGAAGGUCGUUGGAUUUUCGGAAUGGAGACGCUGCCGAUUGAGGAAAGAGUGGAAAUAUGAUCUGAGGAACAGAUUGGUGCCAACGAUCGAUAUCGUUGGCGCGCUCGUGAAGUCCAAAAUUCGAGUACUAGUCUAUAGUGGAGAUCAAGAUUCAGCUUUACCAUUUACUGGGACUAGGACAUUGGUGGAUUCACUAGCCAAGUCAUUGGAUCUGUACCCAACUGAGCGUUACAGAGCCUGGUUUGCUGAUAAAAAGGUUGGGGGCUGGACUCAAGUCUAUGGGAAGUUCUUAUCCUUUGCCAUUGUGAGAGGUGCAUCUCAAAGAACAGCACAAACUCAGCCCAAGAGAUCUCUACUACUUUUCAAGUCGUUUUUGGCUGGAAAACCGCUGCCGGAAGCCUGAUCAGGUAUUUAGAAGGAAAGAAAAAAUAAAUAAAAUGAAUGAAAUGAAUAGAAAACUGUCUUUUUUAUGCUUCUUUUAGGGUGUGGGAUCUGUCAUCCCCACCUCCAAUUACUCAGAAAAGCUUGGACAAUUGAAGCUCUAAUAAAUUAACAAUGGCUGUAAACAGAGAUCAUCUAUACAUGACUUCUGCUGUGUAACUUUUUUUCCCUU